AUGAUGUCAUCAUCUUCGUCAGUACUACUUCUUCUCCUGGCCGCCGUCCUCCUCGUUGCCGGGUUUGCAGUAGUGCUCAAAAGCCGUCGCCGGCAGGGAAACAAUCACCGGCGUCCGCGGCGGCCACCAUCCCCGCCGAAGCUGCCGAUCCUCGGGAACCUCCACCAGGUGGGCAAGUACCCACACCGCACGUUUGCCCGCCUGGCGAAGCUGUACGGCGACCCGAUGCUGUUUCACUUCGGGAGGAAGCCGGUGCUGGUGGUGACGAGCUCGGUGGCGGCUCGAGAGGUGUUGAAGACGAACGACCUCAUCGCCUCCGACCGGCCCCAAAUCGAAACCGCAAACAGGCUUCUCUACGGCGUCAACAAAGACAUCACCAACGCAGCCUACGGCGAUUACUGGAGGCAGCUCCGGCGGCUGUGCGUCCUCCACCUCCUCAGCACCAGAAAAGUUCAGUCCGGCCGAAGCGUGAGGGAGGAAGAAAUCGGGUUACUGAUCAAUCGGAUCAAGCAGAAUGUCCAAAUAGUCCGGGCAGUGAACUUGAGCGAGCUGCUAUUCCUCCUGUCCAACGACGUGAUUUGCAGGAUGGCUCUAGGGAGGAAGUACGAUGUGGGUGCUAGCACCAAUUUCAAGGACCUGUUGGCCGAAUUCACUGGUUUGCUGGGCACUUUUACUGUGGGCGACUUCAUCCCUUGUCUCUGGUGGGUGAACCGGUUCACCGGCUUCGAUUCCCGGGUCGAUAGAGUUGCCCAGCAGUUUGAUGAAUUGCUUAAUGCAGCUAUCCUGGAGAGUGAGGCUCGUAACUUGGAGAAACGUAGCAACACCAAUUCUUCUUGUAGCAGUGUGAUAACAGAAGACAAUUAUGAUGACCAAACAUUUACAUUACCCUUCAUAGAUACCUUAUUGCAGCUUCAAAAGGACGCCCAACUUGAUACAGAUGCCAUCAAAGCUUUGAUCCUGGACAUGUUCGUGGCAGCAACAGAUACAUCUGCAACACUUUUGGAAUGGACAAUGUCGGAGCUGAUGAAACACCCUAGGGUGAUGAAGAAGCUGCGAGAGGAGUUGAGACGAGAACUAGUGAGUGACGAGAAAGGAGAAAUUAUUAUCGGGGAGGCCGAUUUAGAGAAAUUGAAGUACCUCAAACUAGUCAUCAAAGAGACAAUUCGAUUGCACCCACCACUUCCUCUGCUACUCCCACGACAGUUCAUCGAAGACACGACCAUAUUAGGUUACGAUGUAUCGGCCGGAACCAUGAUCCUAAUGGAUGCAUGGGAGAUCGGAAGGGACCCUGCAGACUGGACCGAAUCGCCUGGAGAAUUCUGGCCCGAGCGAUUUCUGAACAGCGACGUGGAUUUUAGGGGUCAGGAUUUCAAGCUGCUGCCUUUUGGUGCAGGAAGACGAGGUUGUCCUGGAAUAUCCUUUGGCCUUGCCGUUGUGGAGCAUACGCUGGCUCAUCUCGUGGGGAAAUUUGAUUGGGAGUUGCCUGGUGGUGUUGAAGGGCAGGAGUUGGACAUGACUGAAGCUACUGGUUUUAUAGCCUAUCGAAAGACCCCUCUUGUUGCCAUUCCCGCCAUUAAUGUUUCUCAGAAGUUCUAA